UUGCCAUAAAAUGAGAGAAGCGUCAGUCGUCGACACGUGCUCUCGCCGGAUGAUAAGGUGUUUGCAGCUGUUCUAAUUUUGUGGUUAGCAUCGCAAAAGGUGAAGCCUUACUAUGGCAGAAUUAGGAUAUGACAUGUAUAACGAUAUAAGUGAUAACGAUAGUGGAGAUGAUUGGGAAGAGAAUGGUGAAGAUGACUACAAUAUUCCAUGUCUAUUUUGUACAGAAACUAUUAACGGCUUUUCCACUGCUCUGCACCAUAUCGAAACCCUCCAUAAAUUUAACUUGUGCAAUUUUAUAAGAAAACAUGUUCAUGAUACUUAUACAUAUAUUAAGUUAAUCAAUUUUAUUCGGCGUAAGGAGAUUUUACCUGAACAAUUGAGUACAUUGGGUAUAGAAGCUUGGGACAAAGAGGAAUAUUUGCAUCCUGUUAUAGAGAACGAUCCAUGGUUAAUGUAUGAUAUCGAAGAUCUCAUCAUUAUUAAGGAUAUGAGUGAGGAAAAAGGAGUGAAGCAAAUACAUUCAAAUGGCAAUGAUAGUGUUACUUUGCCAGAGGAACAAUAUGAGGAUAUGAAAAAGAAAAUACGGUCUCUCACAUCUCAAUUGAAAGAAAGUGAAACAAUGUGUUUCUUGGUGAAGCAGAAAAUGGAAGAGAUGAGAGAGAAAGCACAGAAAUUGAUACUGGGUGAUGACAUAGAGGGGAAAGAGAAGAAUAUUCUCGUCAGUGCUCACAACCCUAAUGUUGAUGAAGGAUAUUUCAAUACAUAUAGUCAUUUUGCAAUACAUCAUGAGAUGUUGACAGAUAAAAUACGGACAGAGAGCUAUCGCGAUGCCUUGUUGACGAAUUCUAACAGAUUUCACAAUUGUGUAAUGCUGGAUGUCGGUUGUGGAACCGGUAUUUUGUCUAUGUUUGCAGCAAAAUCUGGUUGUCGUAAAGUUAUCAGUGUUGAUCAGUCUGAUGUGAUAUAUCAUGCUAUGGAUAUAGUAAGGGAGAACAAUCUCAGUGAUAUCAUCACUUUAAAGAAGGGUCGUCUAGAAGAUAUCAGUAUUGGGGAAGAGAAAGUAGACGCGAUAAUAUCUGAGUGGAUGGGAUACUUUCUCUUGUUUGAGGGAAUGUUAGACACUGUAAUUUAUGCUAGGGACCACUAUUUGGCACCUGGUGGAGCAAUACUUCCAAAUAGAUGUACUAUUAGUAUCGUGGGAAGUGGUGAUACAAAGAGGUAUAUCGAUCUAGUUGAUUACUGGACGAAUGUGUACGGCUUCAAAAUGAGUUGCAUGAAAGCGGAAGUGGUGCGCGAACCCAGUAUAGAAAUCUGCAACGUCGAUGAUAUAGUAACGAGCACCGCUGAGAUCCAAGUAUUCGACUUGUAUAAUGUCACGACGGAUUGCGUCAAUUUUUCAUCUCCCUUCACGUUGAAUGUGAAAAAGACGGGAUCGUUAACUGCGAUGGUCGGCUAUUUUGACAUUUUCUUUGAUCUAGAGAAUCCAGUACAUUUUAGCACAAGUCCUCAUUCUACACCGACGCACUGGAAACAAACGGUAUUUUCUUUGAGUGAACCCAUCAGUAUAACCGAAGGUGAAGUUUUAACUGGCACAUUGAUUUGUCGAAGACACGUUAAAGAUAUUCGGGGCUUAAUCGUUACGAUUCACAUAAAAAAUUUCAGUCAGACUUAUUACCUGAAUUAAACGCGCUUUGCAUGAACCCGUUUUGAGAUAUGCACGAACAAUAGCCGAAUGUGCCAAAUUAAAAAAAUAGGGUCCAGAUAUCGAGUUACAAAGUUCUUCGAUUCUCAUUAGGCGUUACUAUGCAAAGGACACGUUGCCGAAACGUGAUUAAGCUUUUACGGCUUUUCGGAUAGAAUUCAAGAUUUUUCAAUAUAGAAAUUUACGAUCUCUGUCUUACUUGAAAGGAGACCGAACUUAUGCAUUUUACGCUUUUUCAAAUUUCAGCUUUCCAUUUUUAUGCUGGAAACAUACGUAUAAAAAUCACUUUUAAUAGUACAUAUCGCAGCGUAAUUAAAAUUAGUAUAUACGCCCUAUUCUGCGCCCUUUUAUCGAAAGCACAACAUAGAGUGCGCGAAUGAUAAUUACGAGCAACGCGAAAUAAUCGUUGACCUAGUAGUUAUUUGCAUUUGUGCCUUUUUAAUAGUAGCGCAUCUUUAAAUCAAUGAUAUAAUUGUAAUUUAAAAGUUAGGGAUUAGGUUUUCGCAUAUAAACGAUAGAGUUUCGAUCUCUCAUAGUUGACAAGUUUUGGUGUAUAAGCAUUCUUGGAGGCACGAUGAGAACGAGAAAAAGAGCUUAUACAAACAACGAUUUGUAGGGUUUGCUCAAGUCCAAUUUUUAAUUAAAUUGUCCUAAGGAGUGUAUUCAGUAAUCUAUACAACGUUCUUCGAAGUUUUCCUCUUUCGCUUCUGGUAAAAUUUUUCUCUGAUCAAGUUUCACUGAUUCCAUCUUUUCGACGGGACAAUAUCGUCAGAUACAUAUUUGAAUCGUCCGAUUUUAAUAUUAUAUGAAUUCUCCUGCCACUCUCUUCAUGCAUGUGAUAUACGUAUGUACAAGAACGCGUACCGAAUUACCGAAUAAUAGAAAUUGUUCGUGCUACCGAAUUAUAAAAUCGCAAUCAAACAACCAAGUGCGAAUUCUGUGAUACGAGGGAAUUAGCUACAUAGAGUAUUCAUCGACUUUACACCACUAACAUUCUUUGCAUUUGUUUACGUACGAGGAUGUAAUGCGGUGUAACGCUUAUUUUGCUUCGUAUAUGCGUAUACAUACAUAUUUAAGUGCAUACAUACAAUCUCUUACGUAAUGUAAAAUAGCAAAUUUUAAUCCGUGACUCGCAUGUGAUUUUCAGUAAUUUUAAAUAAUUACAGAUUAUCAAUAAUAAUAUUGACAUCGACGAUUUUUUGAAAUGUAUGCAGGUCAAAUUAAAUCUUUAGAAACUUA